AAACUUGCACUCAAUUCAGAAAGUGCUGGGUAAACAGAAACACCAAGUUAAAAUUGGAACUAAAAGGUACGCUUGCGAUCAGAUUCUGUGGAACAUAUAUGUUCCUUUAAUAAUGUACACGUUUCAACAAGCUCAUUGAACCGUGGUUCUGUUUACCUAUUUAACUUACACGGUUAUAAUCCUAAGUUAAAAUAAUUUCUCUACCUUCCUUUAAAAGUUAAAAAGAGCCAACUUUUUGGUGCAAACCUACAGUCUUAUGUGGUAUACUGUCUAGAUAUUAAGAAAAAGCACUAAGACGAAAGUGAAGCAAGUAAGAGCAGCACGAAGUAUCCGAGGAAGAAGCUGGUCUGAACAAGGUGGUCCUUCGGUUUGCGGUGACCUCCCGGUUUUCCGGCAUGUUCAAGAAUAUGCCUCCUGAAUAGCGUUGUCUCGAGGCGACUGCUGAACUAACCAAGCGCAUUUACUGCCAUUCGAAGGGAGUAUUUUAGUCACUAAGGAGUUAAUUUUUGUCGUCCCCUCAGUUUUCCAGCGGAGAGGGAGACCACCGCAACACAGCCUCCUGAAAGACUCCAGGUAGACUCACUUUACAAUUUUGAUUCACCGUCGUUUUCCUGUUCUGAUGGAACGCGAAGACAAAGCCAUCCCUGUGAGAGGCUGGCGUUUGCACCGUGCAGAGUCGCUGGUGACGGCAGAGACACUGGCUGGCGUGCAGGGUUAUCAAACAUACAUAUUUGCCGCCAUCUGCUUCUGAAGACAGUCAGAAGAGGAGAAAUUUGGAUUAAUUUCUUGACUACAAAUACCUUCUAAACAUGAUGCACUUCAAAAGUGGCCUGGAAUUAACUGAGCUGCAGAACAUGACGGAAGAUGAUAAUGUCAGCAAUGAUUCCAAUGACUUCACCGAAGUGGAGAAUGGGCAGAUAAAUAGCAAAUUUAUUUCUGAUCGUGAAAGUAGAAGAAGUCUCACCAACAGCCAUUUGGAAAAAAAGAAAUGUGAUGAAUAUAUUCCGGGAACAACCUCUUUAGGGAUGUCUGUUUUUAACUUAAGCAACGCCAUUAUGGGCAGUGGGAUUUUGGGACUCGCCUUUGCCCUGGCCAACACUGGGAUCCUCCUUUUCCUAAUACUGCUGACUUCGGUGACAUUGCUGUCUAUAUACUCAAUAAACCUACUGUUGAUCUGUUCCAAGGAAACAGGCUGCAUGGUGUAUGAGAAGCUGGGGGAGCAGGUCUUUGGUACCACAGGGAAGUUUGUGAUCUUCGGAGCCACGUCUCUGCAGAACACUGGAGCCAUGCUGAGCUACCUCUUCAUAGUAAGAAACGAGCUUCCCUCUGCCAUAAAGUUCCUCAUGGGAAAGGACGAAGCAGCCUGGUACGUGGAUGGCCGUUUCCUGGUGGUGGUGGUUACCUUCAGCAUAAUUCUCCCUCUGUGUCUCCUGAAGAACCUAGGGUAUCUCGGCUACACUAGUGGAUUUUCCUUGAGCUGUAUGGUUUUUUUCCUAAUAGUGGUUAUCUACAAGAAAUUUCAAAUUUCUUGUCCAGAUCUAAAUUCAACAAUAAGCGCUAACACAACUGACAGUUGUACGCCAAAAUACAUUACCUUCAAUUCAAAGACGGUGUACGCUUUACCAACCAUUGCGUUUGCGUUUGUCUGCCACCCGUCUGUCCUGCCAAUCUACAGUGAGCUCAAAGAUCGAUCACAGAAAAAAAUGCAGAUGGUUUCAAAUAUCUCCUUUUUCGCCAUGUUUGUUAUGUACUUCCUGACUGCCAUUUUUGGCUACUUGACAUUCUACGACAAAGUGCACUCAGACCUCCUCCAUAAGUACCAGAGCAGAGAUGACAUUCUCAUCCUGACUGUGCGGCUGGCCGUCAUCCUGGCCGUCAUCCUCACAGUCCCCGUGUUAUUUUUCACGGUUCGGGCGUCUUUAUUUGAACUGGCUAAGAAGACAAAGUUCAAUUCACUGCGUCAUGUCUUGGUCACCUUCAUACUCUUGGUUAUUAUCAACUUGCUGGUGAUCUUUAUACCCUCUAUGAAGGAUAUCUUUGGAGUCGUAGGUGUUACAUCUGCUAAUAUGCUCAUUUUCAUUCUUCCUUCAUCGCUUUACUUAAAAAUCACAAACCAGGAUGGCGAUAAAGGCACUCAAAGAAUUUGGGCGGCCCUUUUCUUGGGUCUGGGGGUGUUGUUCUCCUUGGUCAGCAUCCCCCUGGUCAUCUACGACUGGGCCUGCUCAUCUGGCAGUGACGAAGGCCACUGAGACCAGCAAGAAAAGCGUCUGGUCACAGCUCAUCCAGGCACCACUCAUCAGCAACCCCUCAUCCCCUCUUUUGCAAGAUUACAGAAACAAACAGAGAUGCACAAGAUAACACUUUUGACCUGCUUCUAGAACAGCUCAUGUUCCUCCAGGAUUUUGGGUCAACUUAGUUGUUGUGAAUUUUAUCUUUUCCAAAGUUCAUGCAGCUGUCUUUUCUGGCACUUUCAACAAUCAAUUCUUUUUCCCUCUCCUCACUGUGUUUUGUGGCUUCUCAGUCCUUUGGAACUUUGAAAACAUGAUCAUCAGUCAAACUCAUUGUACAUUUAGAUUCUGAAAUAAUUUUCCUACUGAUGUUCAACUCAUGCUAUCUGUACUGUUUUAGAAGAGAAAAUAAUCUUGAAUUGUAUAUAUUUAUUUUGCUUUACAGAAAAAAAGAGGUUUCGUAAAUAAUUUGCCUAUUUUGGUUAACAUAGCACAUGGGGAUAACCCUUUCAAAGACAGGUUGUGCUCCGUUGCUGGAUCUUAGCAAGCCCAAUAUUUGGGGCAGAUCUGAUCAUCAAAGGUGAGCCUGUUGGUACUGCACCUUGCCCCCACGAAGAGCCAUUCCCUGUCAGUGUCCUCAGUUAGGAAGGGGUGGGCAUAGCGCCUUGGCAGAUGUAUUAAACUACAACUUGGUUGAUCCCACAAUGAAGUUUUGUUUCCCUCUUGGCAUCCUGUGUUAGUUACUCUAGGCUGAGUCACCUUCUACUGGGAUCCAUAGCUCCUGCAUUGAUGAGGCUGUCCAAAACACCUAAGAAAAUACUGUUCUGAUAUAGCCUGCCUUCAUCUCUACACAUGAAUUAUCGAAAAGGGAAAUGUUUUAUUAGUUUAUAAGCCCAGCAGCAUUUGGUCAAGUCCAGCAGCUUUUUACAACAGAGAAUAAUGUGUAUCUAAGGAUGACCUGGGACAAGUCAUUCCUGUUUUAUAUUGGGUACUUUACUUUAGAACAGUCUUUAAAAGACUUGUUUUAUAUCUAUAAAUCUAGUUAUUAGAAAGACAAGAUUUUUGUACCUUAAAGAUGCCUCAUUUCUAUCCCCCCGUCCAUUAUUUUCCAUCCAGUCUUGAAAAUAAACCCUCCUAGAGCAUCUCUGGAGAACCUCUUCUGGAGUCUCUGUGUACCUUCCUUCCCUUAAUGGGGAAGACUGGAAGGUCCCCACUUGUGUCUCCUGCCCUUUCCCCACUACUGCGUCUUCCAGGUGACCCACACAGGACGGCAGAGCUGCCUACACUCUUCCCCAGUCCUUUUCUUAAGGGGAGCAGAGUGAACCUGCAAGGAGGCUGUAAACAAGAGCACUGUGGACAAGACAGUUGAAAAAGGACGGGGAGCCCAAGGGAACCCAGGGCAGCAUCCUCCAACUGGACUGUCCGUGUCUCCCCCAGGUAAAAAAUGUGCUUGCUCUGUGAGCCACUCUCCACAAAUGGCUUGUAUUUCAGCCUGAUGUCUUCCGGUUGAAUUUUCAGAAAUACACAGAGCGCAGAUUUCUUACUUGGAAAUGAGAACCUGAUCGCAGACACUUGGCAGAGAUCCCAGGAUCUUAGCUCUAGAUUUUGUCCUUCCCCAAUAGAAAUCUCCAAAGGCCUUCACAAAUCUCAUGAGAGUCAAAGCUAUCUCCCUACAUGCUAAGUCUCAUAGGUGAGCAGGCAUCAAAGCGCCUGCUGCCGUCCUCUUGGGGGAGAGAGAAAAGUUAUUUCCUGCCUUGUGUCAUUGCACCUUGUCCUUCAGUGCUUCAGAGUUAUAUCCACAUCCAGUCAGCGUUCACACAAUUGAACACACAACCUAGACAGGAAUAUCUAACUUAGCAAAACCCAUCUCUGCCCUUUUCCCAGAAGGGUUUCCCAUGUUAUGGAAAAUGACAGAAACGAGAUUCAGCCAAUCUUUGGAGUUUCUUUCGAGCACCAUUUAAAAAUUACAUUAUUUAGUUUGUAAGCUACACUACCUUUUUCCUAUUUUCCUCAUGAUUUUGUAGCAAUUCGUUUUACAUUCACAAAGUGAAUUCAGAAAACUGUUAUUAACUCUGGGAUGUGUUGUGAUUUGGGAUCUGUGAAUUUUAUAUGUUGGUACAACUAAUGUAUUAUUUAAAGCAUAUUUAUUUACAGGAAACACAUUAUUGUUGAUAUCUGUGAUGUCACAUUUUUAAGAUCUCCUUUGUUUACCUGAAUUUCUCUGAAUGUAACAGGCCUUACCAUCUUUGUCAAAUGUCAGCAGUUAAUUCCUCGGUUUCUGUGGUAUUAGCUGUACAGUGUUCUACUCUUAUUCUUGUUCAGAAUAAUGAACUGGUAGCCAAAACAUAACCAUAUCACAGACGUUAGGUAGAAUUCAAACAGCACAGUCAAGUGCAGUAAACAUUUUUCUGCUAAAUUAGUAGGCUAAAGAGUAACCCUUAGCCAGUCGAAGCAGUGCGUUCUCCCUUGGUCUAUUGGAUCUCCACACUGGUGAACCGGAACAGUUUACCUGAGACUUAGACCUGUUCUUUAGUUAUUGUAACACAGAAUGCUAUAGAUUCCUAACUUAGUGCUAGACGUAGCGGUACUGAACCAUGCACAGGGGGAAGUCUACUCUUCUAAGCACAGGCGGUGCCCAGUUCAUAGGGAGAUCCUAUUAUGAAACUUUGCAGGAUCAUUAUUUGGGUUAUAUCUGGAGGUUAGGCCCCCGAAACAGCUUGGAAAGAUAACCGAACUCAAGAGUUGAGCUGAAACGGAAUGGUGUAAGAGGACCACGAAAACAUCCACAGCCCCAGAUAGCCUGGAGGAAAUGGAGGUGGGCACGUCCGAGUCACCCAAAACACAUAACUGCUUGCUGUUGGUGGAAUCUGGGUGGUCCGUCUCUACCACAGAUAACCUACUGGAAUUGGAGUCAGGCACCACCAGUUAAAGGUGACCACAGCAUGCAGAAAAGAGAUGAGGAAGUCCAGAAAGCCUAUUGGUGGGAUGGCAGUGGUGAGGACACACGGGCGUUCCUCAGCUGGUACCUCCUGUUUGGAAGUCUAGGCCUAGCUGCUUCCAUGGAAGUGACCCUUAGUUCCUGGAGUUCACCUUCCCCUCUACUGGCUUCAUGGCUUCUCCCAGAUGCCACCUCUGAGGCCAGCACACAGCACUUUUAGUGGCUUCCAUGCUUCUAAUCAAGCCCAGUAAUUAGAUGAAAGGUACAAAAGGGCCUCCACCCACUUUCCCUUGCAUUUAUAGACCCUGCUAAGAAACAGAAAAUCACUGACGGGUGUGGGUUGCAGAGGACAGGUGUCUGUGGUACAUCAGAGAACACUCUGGUGUUCAUCUCAAGAAUUCUCCUGGAGCUGGACGCAAGCCUCCAACCCAGUGCUUUCUCUAAGUGCAGUCCCCAGAGCAGCAGCAGCAGCCACAGACUUGUCAGGAAGCCUCAGUGAGCACAGCAGUCUGCUCUCCAGAAGUUUUGGCUUGGUCUCCAGGGGAUGCAAGUGUCAUCAAGUUUGAGAAGUACUUUAAGCAGAUGAGUGUGUGUUCUCAUAAGUCCUGCCUCAAAAAGCAGUUUCUGGGGUGAGGAAUGAGAACCAGGGCCCCUUAAAAGGGGAAGAAAGGGCCCCAGCUGGUAUCAGGCAGGAGAGGGGCCACUCUGGUGCAGCCAGCAGCUGUACAACCCCCCCACCCUCCCACUCAUUGGAAUACCCUGCCAGGGCAUGAGUGAAACUUGGGGUGCCUAUAGUUUAGGGAGACUUUGGCUUAAGGCAUGAUAGUACUUUGGGGUUUUUUUAACAGCUGGGUUUUUUUUUAAGGUAAAUUAAAAGAAAAUGCCUUUUGUAACCUUAAGGGCAAUGCUGAGUUCUUAGCAAAAGUCAGUUCUCCAGAGUACUGUGUCUGCUGUGGGGGCUCAUGAGUGGCCAUUUGGUGUUGAAGUGCUUGCCUAGCGUGUGCAAGGCCCUGAGUUCAGUCCUGGCACUGCAAAAUAGUAAUAUAAAUAAAAUGAAUUUUCUACCAAAAGGGUUAUACUGCUGAAGGAAGCAGCAAAAGAUCCUGAAAGGAGCCCAGUUUCGUUUCCUUGGGGCCAUGUGGGGUGGCACCGCUGUUAGUUAGCGCAAAGCCUCCGUUCAUCCAUUUUAGAAGAGGCACAGGCUUUAUGAAAAAUAUCACCCCAUUCAAGUGAACUCCCAGCCACACUGAAAAAGAAGUUACAGACCUAGCAAUACUGACCAGCAGCUUCCUUUAGGGAUGGCUGAUCUGAGCAUCCUUCAUCAACAGAACAUGUGUGCUUCCUCCAAAAUACAGUGGAUUGUUGAAAGUGAUAGAAGGCUUUGGGGUACAAAUUGGGGGUGUAGCCAACAACUGAAAGUAUCAUUAAAUCUUAAGGAGCAGAAUCUGCACGGAUGUAUGAUGUCAAUGUCUAACUUCCUCGAGGUUUUCUCUGAGGAAGAGCCAUGCACUGGGCCUGUCUGUACACAGGCUUGAUUUGUGUUUUAAAAGGAAGAAUCUAUACAGCUGAGGUUCAUUGUUUGUAAAUAUGUUGUAAAUAAAUAGGAGGCUGUAUAUUUUUGCAGUUGUUGAACCACACAGAAAUAGAGGUCAGUAGUAUCUACACAUAAGAAAUAACAUGUUUGCAUAGAUGUUAGUGGUUUUGUUUGGGAAUUAGAAAAAUUUUACAUUUUCUCCUAUAUCAAUGUAACAGCUGGAGCCUAAAACCUUAAUUGUUUAGAAAAAGAAAUGACAGAAAUAAGUGCAUUGAUUUCUUAUGCUGGUAUUAUUAUCAAUUAUUUAAAUGAUUCAAUUAAAGACUAUUGAGAAGCAAAUCAUUGUCACGUAGACGUGCCCAAGACAACAAAUGGUUUCUGUAUAAAGUUCUUUCAGAGUUAAUAUUGAUGCUAUUGCAUAGUAUUUAUGAAAACAGAAGUUAGGGAGAUUUUUUUUUCCAAAAUGGAAUUGUUGUUUCCCAAACUUUGGGAUCUUUGAUGGGGGAGCUGAGUAUUAAGGUUAGCACAAAUGUCAAGAGAGAAAAGAAACCCUAUGAUUUUUUUUUUAAAGUCUUGCAUGUUUGCCUUUUAUUUUAGCGUUGAUGCUGACAUAGCCAUCCUGAACAGUUUUCCCUCUUCACCACUGGAACGUAAUCCAGUCUUUAGAGUCCAGUGUGUCUUAGACUCCAUCUGAGUCAGUACAUGUAGCACACCACUGUUUUAUUCAUGUAAAGAUCUUGUAAACGAAUUUCAGGUGGGCAUCCUAAGUGAGUCACAGGUCACAAAACUUUACUGUUCACAGUCACAUGGAGUUGCUAUUUUGCUUUGUUUUUUCAGGGUGUGGUAUAAAUAAAGAAAUGUAAGAAGUUCUCUUCUAUAAAUGCUCUGUUAACAUAGUUUUUAAACAUUAAAAUGUGAAUCCAAAGUGCUUACAA